UGCUUCGUCGUGCGUUUAUUGAUUAAAUCGCGCUCUCGGAAAAGAAACCUCUCCGACCGAAGGAAUUUCGCGCAACCCCCGUAGUGUGCGUGUGUUUUGCUGGCUGACAGUGACAGCGCAAAGUGUCAAAGUUUUUCUCUGUCAGCAGCAGAGGUUCCUCGGGUGUACGGGGUUUAGUAAUCCACACACCGCCCAUCGGGGAAAAUCGCUUGGAAUCGAGAGUCAUUUUUUGCGUGCGAAGCAGGUUCCUAAAAUGAAUUAGUAGGCCGUGGGCCGUGACGAGUGUGUGCGUUGUGUGUGUGUGUGCGCGCCGUGGAAUUUCGGGUUGGAAGAUUUUCUGCGGAGUUGGUCGGGGCGCGCGCGAGUGAUUCACACGGGGUUUCGCGCGGAACCUGGUCCCGGAUUACGUUCCUGCGGAAGAGGCAGCAGCGGGGGCGCAGGAGGAAAGUUUCGCUGGAAGAGAAUCGAUCGCAGGCACCCAGGAGUAGGGUCGAAAAACGAAGUAGCUGUCAAAAAUUGUUCUCGCUGGAGGAGGAAGGCAAAAAGGUUUUUCGGUGCCAAGUCGGGGUGACCCCCCUCCGAGAGUGUGGUCACACGGGGUGUUGUUCCGGGAAGAAAAUCGAUUCCGUGUGGCAAGUGUCAAAUCACCGACCUCGGCGGUGGGUUGUGUUCCGAGCAGCGAAAAUCCAAUAAAGCAAGGAAAAAAUAAAAAGAGUUUGUGUUAGUUUUGCGUGGUGAGAAGAAAGUGUGAAAGAAAGUUGGAAGUGGCCAGCAAAAAGUUUAGUUUCACUUCCCUUCGGCUCACCUUGGAGAGCGGGAGGAAGGGGGCAAGCCACAGGAAAAUACGAAAUAAUUCCGCUGGAAGAAGUUGUGGCCUCAAGUGUGGUUCUAGAUCUCUGACACCUCCGACCAGGAUAGCCAACAGGGGCAGAGGAGACUAGGGGGAGGGGAGCCGGCGGUCUCGAGAUGGCCUCCGGGGAUACGGCCGCGAUCGACACGAUUGACGUGGAGUCGGCGUUGUCGACGAAAAACUCCGAGUACACGACCAGCAGCAGCGGCUUCGCCAAGGAGCAGUACGCCGAGCAGGAUGAAUACGGAAAAUUCAUCAAGGACACUCCCGGGAAGCAAAUCCUGGCGGACGGUAUGUCCGCGGACCAGCCGCUGGCCUCGCGGCCCCACCGGCCCAAGUCGGACAAGGAGCGCAAGCUGGGCCAUCGGCGGGUGGGCGAGGGCGGCGAGAUCACCUACAAGAAGAUCCAGACGACGCAGAUCAUGGGCUCGAUCCAGCUCGGCAUUCAGCACACGGUCGGCAGCCUGGCGUCGAAACCGCGGCGCGACCUGCUGAUGAUGGACUUUUGGGAGCUGGAGACGAUAUCGUUCCCGCCGGAGGGCUCCAGCAUGACGCCCGCCCACCACUUUAGCGAGUUCAAGUUCAAAAUCUACGCCCCGAUCGCGUUCCGGUACUUUCGGGAUCUGUUCGGCAUCCAGCCGGACGAUUUCAUGAUGUCAAUGUGUUCAGCUCCACUGCGCGAGCUCUCGAAUCCGGGCGCGUCCGGUUCGAUCUUCUAUCUGACCGAUGACGACGAGUUCAUCAUCAAGACUGUGCAGCAUAAGGAGGGCGAGUUUCUGCAGAAGCUGUUACCAGGAUAUUACAUGAAUCUGAAUCAAAACCCGCGCACGCUACUGCCCAAGUUCUUCGGGCUGUACUGCUACCAGUGCAAUAGUAAAAACGUCCGGCUGGUCGCGAUGAACAACCUGCUGCCGUCGUACGUGAAGAUGCAUUUGAAGUACGAUCUGAAGGGGUCGACGUACAAGCGAAAGGCCAACAAAGCGGAGCGCAACAAGGGCUCGCCCACGUACAAAGAUCUGGACUUUAUGGAGCACCACCCGAACGGGAUCUUCCUGGAGGCGGACACGUGCAACGCGCUGAUCAAAACCAUCCAGCGGGACUGCCGGGUGCUCGAGUCGUUCAAGAUCAUGGACUACUCGCUGCUGGUGGGCGUCCACAAUCUGGACCAGGCGCUCAAGGAAAAGCAGGAAGCGGCCGCCAAGGCCCGGUCCGAGGGCGAAUCGGACUACGAGGACGCGCCCGAGGCGGACCAGUACAUGGUGCAGGAACGGGAGGAGCAACGGACGACGGCACUGAACAGGAGCAGGAACACUACGUACGGAAAAAUGCUCAUUAGGUCAAUCAACCGGCAGCGGCUUGUUGCGCAUUCGACUGCAAUGGAAAGUAUUCAGGCCGAGAGCGAACCAAUCGACGAGGAGGACGACGUACCACCCGGUGGUAUUCCUGCCCGCAGCGAGAAAGGCGAGCGGCUCCUGCUGUUCAUCGGCAUCAUCGACAUCCUGCAGUCGUAUAGGUUAAGGAAAAAGCUGGAACACACGUGGAAAAGUAUUAUACACGACGGUGAUACCGUAUCGGUACACCGGCCCUCCUUCUAUGCACAACGCUUUCAGGACUUUAUGGCGAAGACCGUCUUCAAGAAAAUUCCAUCCCUGGAUCUUCCCGAGAUCAAAGGCAAUCAUAGAAAAUUUCGCACGUUGGUCACCAGCUACAUAGCGCUAAAACAUUCGCCGUCGAAGAGAAAAAGUCUCUCGAAAGCAGCACAGAGAACUAAAAACGAAGAAACCGAAAGUCAACCUGUGGCCGGAAGUUCCCACCAGCAUCACCAGCAGCAGAGGGACCGGGACCAUCAGCAGCAGCAGCAGCAACAGCAUCAGCAGAAUCAGCAGCAGCGGGACCAGCAGUUCCAUCCGACCCAGACGCAUUUCAACCAGCACACCACUGGAACACCUAAAUCCGACCUAGACGCCGCGUCCAGCACGGCAGCAACGACCGCGACAUCGUCGAGCAGCAACGGUGCUGGCGGCUCAGCUGGUGGAACCGGCAAGGGAAAGGGAUCCGCGGCGAUGCCUCCGUUGAAGAAGAAAACCGCCAUUGUGAAGGCCAGCGUGCCGCCACCGGUUCCGCCGCGGGGCUCACCCAAGAUGACCAAGGCGGGGAUGAAAGGAGGUGGCGGCACGGGGUCGCUGCCGAGUUCGUCCAGCCACCGGGGACGGUCCAGUGCAGGCACAUCUCCUUCCUGUUCUUCCACCCCUCCUCCCGCUUUCGACGAUAUCUCCGAGCACGGUAGCAGUAGUCAUCGGCACUCGUCGGACGAUAAUAAGACCGGAGGGAAUGGCGGCGGCGGCGGACGUCACCAUGGGCUGAGCGGCGGGGGAGAAGGUGGAGGCGGUACGGUUGACCGGCGGAGCACCUCCUGCCGGAGUGAUAACUACAAGGAAGACUCAAUAAGUAUAUCAGAAAUAAGAUUAGAAAGUCAUUUAGCAGUCGAAUCAUCAUCCAAUAGCAAUUACGGCUCCCGGGGCGCCCUAGCGUGGACCCCGCCGGCCUCCGUCGAGGGCUCGACCCCGACCUGGACCGAGGGCACGCCCAGCUUCACCGAGUCCAGCUCCAGCGGUGAUAUCGGAACAUUCUCAGGCCAUUCGUCUCCCCUGCACACGACCCUCUCGGACCGGGACCGCCACAAGCCGACCGUCGAGAAGGCCCUCAACUCGCUCACCUCCGAAAUGGUAAGCUUUUCCAAAUCGUCGCACCUGUACUCGGCGUCGUCGUCGGCGUCCUCGGUGGCGUCCGCGUCGGCGCUCGCCGUCAAAAAGGUGCACAAACAGUUGAUUUACGUCAAGAACAGCAGCUGCUCGAGCAUUGAACAGACGGCGACCAGUUCCGGUGGUGGUGGAGGCGGCGGCGCGGGAGAACCGGAACAGCUUUCGGUCGUCACGACCCGGUUGAGCUCGUCGACGUCCGUGGUUCACGGUUCUUCUGCGUCGUCGUCGUCGCCGCCGCCGUCGCCACAGCCGCAUCCGGCAUCCGUAACGACCAUCGAGUCGGUUGACGGGCUCGAUGGUAGUUCCGGAUCGCUGGCCGCCGUGCUCAGAAUCAACGAGUGAGACUCGACACUUUAUUUUUUCCCUUUUCAUUUGGCAGAUUUAGAAACGAGUAAUCGCAUUGUGAUUUAGAAUAUUGUAUUUAAAGAGCAGCAAUUUUCUUUUAUUUAUUGUCUGUUUAUUGUGCGCUACCCUUUAUAAAAAGCUGCUUCUUUUACGACUUUACAAGUAUAAAAUUGUAAUUUGCGAGCAAAAAUACUACAUAAUCGAUACGUAGUUACGAUUUAAACGGAGAACAAAAACUAUGGGAAUCUCGAGCAUUCAA